AUGGACAUCAAUUAUACUCUUGAUAAUAACAAUGAAUCAUGUGGAAUGCUAAGACUUAUGAGAUUAUUCAGCUGGAUAUAGAAUAAGACUUUUAAGAAGAUAACUAAUAUGGCUAGGAAAGAAUCUAAACCCAGAGAAGAAUGCUAAGCUCCACAGAUUUUGCAUCAUUCAAAUGCCCGAGCAAUAGAUUUUAUGACUUUAAUUCAAGUUAAUGUACCAGCAGACCCAUUUCUUAGGUUAAUUGAAAUUUAUGUCAAAGAUACAUAAGAUAUCAAUAAAUUUGAAGCUGGAACGAUCGAUUUACCAUACUCGAAUAUAGCUUAAGCAUUUAUGGAGGUAUUCAACUUUAGAGUCCAAUAUCAGACAUACUAGAUAAACAUUAAUUUAAUGAGCAGGGAUGAUUCAUUCGUUGCUUAACAUGAUUUAAUGAUUGGAUUUAUGCCUCUUUACUAAGUGAAUAACACAAUAACAGUUAAAGGCAGAUCACUAUCUCCAAGAAGCUAUUAACUUUCAGAUCUUCCUAAGACAGCAUAGACUAUCUUUACAUAAGGAUUUAACUAAUCUUAUAUCCUAAUUUAAAAUUCGAGGUUACUCAUAAGCGGAGUCAAUGUUAUCUAGUUUGACUCAUUUAACGAUCAAUAAUCUGUUUAGUUCGAAUAAUUUGACACUCUUAUUAGAGUUGCUGGGGAUGUGAAUAACUAUGUCACUGUAUAAUACUCUUAAGUAGAUGUUAGAGCCCUUGUAUACUCAUAAAAUCCUUUGAAUUUAGCCAUUAUAAGAAGUUUAGUUAAGUUGACAUAACUUAAUUACUUUGUUGAUGCUAAAUAUGGAGAUGGCUCAAAUAGAUAAGCAUAUCUGCAGGAAGUUUUAUUUCAUACUGAAGGUAAAAGAUAUUAAGAUAGCAAUGUGUAUCCUCUGAUUAAGCUCACAGGAUACAAGAAAGUUAAAAUUUUUGGAAAUAACUUUUACAAUUACUCAGAGACUGCCGGCUAACCUUUGAUUUUAGUGAAUUAUCCAAAGGGUUUUUAUCAAGACCUGCCUGAAUUAGAAAUUUCUAACAAUACUAUAUUAGACUCUUAAAAUAUCUAAAUUUUGCUUAUAUCAGAAGCUCAUCCUUCAACUACUGUUAUCACUACCAAUAUUUAGUACAAUAAUAUGUCAAAUAUCUAGAAUUCAAUGAGUUCACUGCUAGCUAUAAAUUAUAGUGGCAAAUCAAAUGGUACAAUUGUUAUUUAGAAGAAUUAUUAUGAAAGGAAUUUUUUUAAUGGCAAAUUAGUAACUAAUUUUAACAUCCAAGAUUCAACAUUCCAAAAUAUAAAGAUAUUCGAUGGAUCAAGACUAGGCUCAGUGUAAAGUUUCAUAAAUUAAAAUAUAUCUGGCAAUACGUUUUCAAGCAUCUAGAACAUCGAUGUUCAAAGUGAUUUUUUAUUUUUCAGUAAUGUGAAUUAGUAAACUGCAAAUGUUGUUGUAACUUGGAAUAGUAUGAUAAAUACUAUGCAGGGGAUAAAUGAAAUGCUUUUCAGCCAAGCCUCUAGUUCAGAUUUCAAAUUCUAAAAUAAUACAUCAACUCUGACUGAUUAAUAAGCAUAGGACUUGGUAAAAUACAGUACUGCUUCUUCAUAGAUCCAGCCUCAGAAAAUUCCAUCCAAUGUUUGUAGACCAACUUUCUAUUUUGACCUUACUUCAAAAUUCUGUAAAGUUUGCCCAGUAAAGAAUUGCCAAAUGUGUGGCAAUCAAAAUUUUUGCUUUAGGUGCUAGGACACAUUUUACUAUAACUCUACAACACAGAAAUGCGAAAAUCUGACCAAGCAAGCCAAUUAGUUAUGUGCGACAUUCUAUGAUGCUAAAAAUGUCUGCUAAGACAGUUUCUUUUUUGACAAUAGCCAAAGUAGCUGCGUUAACUGCUAAACUGGUUGUGACAUCUGUCAAAGUAAUUCCUAAUGCUCACAAUGCAAACCAGGAUAUUUCUAUGAUACUCAAAUAAGUUAAUGUAUAAGUGAUCCUAGUAAAAUCAAGGUCUCCCUAGAUUAUAAACUAGAUGGUAACAGAACAGCGCUAGUAGGUGCCAUAAUCAACGAUAAAGCCAAAGUUGAAAAUCUAAAUUGUAAUAUGGUUGGUUGUUUAGAUUGUUUCAAUAGCACCUGCCAAUUCUGUAAUCCUUUCACAAUCAAAACUUAGAAUGGUACCUGCUAGUGUUAGUUAACAUAAAGUACUGAUAUUCAGCAAAAUAUUGCCACUCUGGAUAGAUUUGACAACAAUGUAAAAAUGACACUCAGCAAUAUUGAUCUAAUAGAUAAAACAUUAAUAAAUCAAGAUUUUAAUAAUGGAAUCUGCAAAUAAGUAAUUGAAUUCAAACCAAAUUAAGAUUUCUCAAAUGAUGUAUUAAACUAGACUCUAAGAAUGCUAGAUGAAAUCAAAUGCAAGCUUACUCAUGACCAGUAGGAGUUGAUUGCAGUUAAUAAUGUAAAUAGCAAAACAUAUACUCUCAAUAAUUCAAGAAUAAUUGUGGAAUUGAUAAAUGCCUAGGAUUUCCUUCUGAGUUAGUUCGUAUCAGGGAAAGUCUAACUCAAUCUGAAAACUAAUAUGUUUUCUUAAGAAUGUUCUCUAGAUUUGAACGCUUAAUAUACUAUCUCAUUCGAUUAAUCGAAGCAACCAAUAUCAUUAGCUGACUGCGGACCUGGUUGUGAUACUUGCGAUCCAGUGACUAAAUAAUGCCUCUAGUGCAAACCUGGCCUCGAUUAUCACUAUCAGGAUAAUUAAUGCUAUUGCAACAAUUCGAUCACAAUCCAGCAAUAAAUCUUUCUGUAAAAGAUUACUUAAAAUAGCUCUUCAUUAGAGUCAUAAGAACCACGAUACGAUCUCUAAGUGAUAAUUAAAGAUUAGAAUGUUACUAUAAAGCAACAAGAAGGAUCUAUUAGUUGCUCCUCUGUUCUUAAUUUUGUUACUAAAAAUGACAAUCUCAAGGCUAUUUUCUAAAAUUUACAAUGCUAAAAUAGAUUAUCAUCAAAUAGCCUGAUCCUUCUAUAAGUUCCAUAGUAACUUUCUGACUCAUUAAGAUAAUAAGAGUCUCAGCUUUAUUUGAAGUCCACUCUAACAUAAUAGAAUUGCUACGAAAAAUCAAUAAUAGAUUUAACAUCAGAGAGAUACAAACUCUAAUUUAAUAGUUCCAACAGAUAUGAAAACUGCCAACUUGGGUGCUUACUGUGUGAAAAUUAGAGUAGUUGUCAGGUUUGUUAAUCUUCUACUUUACUUGAUUCUGAUGGGUAGUGCAAGUGUCAGUUUACUUACAAUCAAACCUAGACUGUUUCAUCACCGUCAAACAGUUAGAUCUCAUUGAAUAUGUAAGAUGUUGAGCAUCUAUUCGACAUUGAACACAAUAAUAGAACAUAAGUAUCUUGCCCUGACUAUUUGAACUUAAUCCUAAAACAAUCUAUCUCUAACAAGACAAAAGACACUCUAACGAAAUAGUUCAAUGAUGCCAUUUGUUACGUUACUGCAUCUCACAUUGAACAAACCUACGUUGAUUCCUUCACUAAGCAACAAAAGUCAUACUUCAGAAUAAACAUAUUACUCGAACUGACAGCUCUCAGUGAUUAGUUCAUGGAAUCAUACAACCGCAAGUACAUUGUAUUUAUUGCUGAUAAUCAAAAAUUCAUCCAAAGGUGUUCAAAUCAGUUGAUACUUACCAUGCGUACAGAUUAAAAUACCACUGCUCUGUUCCCAAAUCAGUGUAGUGUCGGAUGUAUAGAGUGCACAGACGUGUGGACCUGUACCAAUUGUGGAUACGGCUCCAGACUCGAUUUAUCCGUGGAAUCUAAAACUUUCGGUAUAUGUCUUUGUGAUGCCACCGCAAUAUCUUCUUUAAUUAAGACAUAUAAUGCAAGUUUAGAUUUAUUUACCUACAAGAUUACAUUCGAUAUAUAUGGAGUAUUAAUAGAUCAAAGGAAGGUGUUACAGACUGAAAAAUUUGAGAACUUAUUGGUAUGGAAUGAUACUAAUACCACUUUACAGACAAUGCUAAAUGGAAAUAAACUAUCAAGCAAAGCUUUAUUUUCUAGAGAUAUGGAAGUUUAACUAGUUUCUGGACAAGUACAAAAAUAUGUAUAAAACAUCAUCACUCUCGAAUAUACAAACUUAAGUGCAGCUUUGUUUGAAGAAAUUAAAGUGAAAAAUAAAAUUUCGAUUAAAACUGAUCUAUUCUAGUAUUAGAACUGCUAAUUAAAUAUGAGCCGAAUACUGAUAUAAAAUCUCUCCAUAAUUGAAGAUAAAAAAUAAGAAUAAAACACUACAAAAGUAACAGUUACAACUACUCCAUUAAAGACAGUAAAAUUAUCUAAUAAUUAAACUUUAAAUUCAACUGUGGUUGCUUUUGUAACAAACAUUACACUUAACCUAGAGUUAAACUCCACCAAUCAGACUAACUAUUGUAAUUAUGGAUAUAUUGAUGACAAUAGCACUCUCAGUACUAAUAACACAAAAGUAAAGCUUAAUAACAAUAUUCUUAAGUUUUAAGGAACGAACUUUAUUUCAAGCAUAGUACUCCAAGUUCCUUUAAUUAGUACUAAGCGUAAUUAUACCAAGAUAUAUAUAGACUGCUAUGAAAAUAAAGUUGAGAAGGGAAUUUUUUCAGAUAUGAUCUAAAUUAAUUUGACAUAUAAUAAUGCCUCAAUGAUUCUGCAGGAAUAUUAAUAAAAUCAAUUUUUGAGUCUAAUUGAGAGUACGAUUCAACUGCAAAAAAUAAUUACAUUUAAGAAGAAUUAUACUAGUUCUGUAAGGUAUAAUAAUGAAUUGAAGAUAGUCUAGUCUUUAUAUAAUUUGGAAUUCACUAAUAUGUUUGAUAUGAAACAAGCUAUUAUACUUAUUGAUACCAUCAACAAAUGCAUUUAGAGCUCAGCAGAUAUUAUUAUUGAACAAGAGUUGCCUAUUAUGAAUUAAACAGUUAAGGAUGUUAAUCUAUGGAUCUAAAAUUAUGGAAAUUCUAAUAAUAGCCAGUUGGCAAUUUAGCUCAUCAACUUAGAUGCCAGUUAGAUUACUCACUUGUAAGAUAUUGCAAAUAGAUUACAAGCCAUUAUGGAUGCGUAUCAUUAACAAGAGUUAACUGCUAAAACUUAAAGUAAUUCACUACCAGAGAAGCAAAAAGCUAGCAAUUAGCAAACAGUAUCCAAAGAUGGCUAAAAUCAAGAGGAUGAGCUUGUUGUAGAGUAAGGCAAUGGCACUGAUAACUCAACUAUUGAUAAUUCUACCAUUCCUAUAUCUAUAUACCAAGAAACUGAUCAUUCUAAUUUAACUAACUAGACGAAUGACACUUUUUCACCUCAAGACCAAAACUCAAGCAAUAUAGUAAUUGAUGGAAACACUACUACUGAUUAAGUUGGUUAAGAAAACAAUACUCAAAGCAAUAAUACGCAGAGCAAUAAUUUUGAUAUUGAGACUCAUUCACAUGAAGAUUCUAUAGUCGUAGAAUCAAAUCAAAUAAGCAGCCAUGUAUAAUAUGUAAAUAUCUCUAGUCUCCAUGAAAAACCAUUGAGCUUCUCAAUUGAUCAUCAAAACCAUGCUGAUAGUCCAAUAGAAGUCACUUUAUUCACGUAUUCUCAUGAGAAUUAGACUGAGAAUAAAACAUAUACCAAAGAUGCAAUUAUUAAAACUUUCGUUUAUCAAAGCUAACAAGUAAUAAAUGAAGCGACAAAUAUUAUUAAGCAUAUGAAUGAUUAUAAAAUAAAGAGUGAUGUGAUUGCUAUCUAGACAUAGCCCCAUGAUAAAAACAACAACAAAUAAUUCAUUAAUAGUACAUUUACUAAUAAUACUAAUGCUUAAAAUGAAAUUACAGAAAUAGAUAACACUUAGAUAAGCAAGUUAAGUAUCUUUAAUCAAAUUAAUGAGAUAGAAAUAUUUGAUGAGGUUAUAAUGGCUCAGGUUGCCUUUAAAUUGAAUCAUUAAGGGGAAAGUCAUGAGAAGAUGCACAAUCCAAAUAAUUUCUUUUGCAAGUAGUAUGAUUAUUAUUUCAAGCAAUGGUUAACUAUUUAAACCAUAAGGAAUUAAGUAACUGAAGAUAGUAAUGAGAUGACUGUAUUAUGUAUAACCAGGCUUUCUUAAAUGAAUCAUGUGGCAGUAUUUGAACUUUAGGAAGAACAAGUAAUAAGAUAUCCCCUCAUUAUAGUUGGAUCAUUAGACAUUUAUUUGGUGUUCACUCUCUUGAUAUCUUUAAUCCUAGACUGCAAAGAUAAAUCUAGGGCUAACACUUCAAAGAUAGAGCCAAAGCAAAAGCCUUAAAUGUAGACCGAAAGAACAGAGGAUGGAGCUGUGAAUAAGAACAGUAGCAAUAAUAGCAACAUAACAAGAUAAGCCUAAACUCCAAGAGAAGAAUCAUCAUCUUCAAACAACUUCUAAAGUAAUAGCAUCAUGACCCCAGUUAUAGAAGAUAAUCUAAGAGUCAUUACAGAGGAAUAAGACCUAGAUUUUGAUGACACAUUCUCUCAAAAUAGAAACGAUGAUGUUUAAGUUGAUGUAGCUGUAAAUACUCUUAGUUCACACAAAUCUAGUGUACAUCAAAACCAAACUCCUAUUAUUAUCAACUCAACAAUAAAGAGUCAAUCUACUCCUAACUACUCUAUAAAUGCUCCAAAUUCUGUUUUAAAGUCUGCUCAGAAACUAAUGUUGCUUUAAGAGACUAACUAGGUCAACAACUUUGAGCCUUCAAAAGAGAUCAUCAACAUCAAAGAGUCUACAUAGACUAUAGAAGCACACAAUAAACAAUGUGAAGAAUUUAAAGCCUCUCAGGAGUCUUUCAAGUAUAUAUUCUUUAGACACUUGAUAAUGAGGCACAGACUCCUAGGAUUCAUGCUAGGAGAGGAAAUGAUUUCAAGAGUUCUAAAGUCUUUAUCCAAUAUCAGCUAGCUGUAUCAUAUAUUCACUGUACCUAUUCUAUUUCUGACUGUACCAAGUGGAGACUCAUAUGCACUUUCAUCCAUUUUUGGAUUCACUAUCUUGGUGUUAAGAAUACUAGAGGUUAAAGUAGUUGCCCUAUUAGACAAUAAUCACAUUAAGCUCAUUAAGAUCAUUCACCUACUUAUAUCUGUGUGCCUCAUAAUAGCAGGACAUCUGAUACCCUACUUCUAGUUAAGCAAUUCACACAACUGCGACUUAAUGAUGGAUUGUCUGUAGGUAAUUGGUUACAUCGCUGCAUUUGAGAUAGUCAUUUGGGACAUACUUGUGAGUCCACUCAUAAGAUCAGUUUGGUUUAAAUGCAAAACAAGAAAAAUGUAGUAGUGA